UAUAAGUAAAAGUAACGAAGUGACGAAAACAUUGGAAGUAACCAGAGGAAGGAACGAAGACAAAUUCAAUAUUGUGUACAAUUCGACGUCAUGUAUCAGUUUGUUUUUCUUAUCCAAAUAAUUAGGUCGUUGUACAUUAUGGUAACUAUUAUAUACAGCAAGAAUUUAGUAUUAAAAGGAGAUGGUGAGGGAGCUUUCCAAAAAAUAAAAACAGAAGUUAAAUCAUUCAAUUUCACUAAUGGAUUCAUCAUCAUUUCAAGAUACAGUCAACACUGAUCCAGAAUUAACAUUCGAUGAUUUACCGAUGCCAUUUAAAAUGUUAGACAAAUUAUUAUGGAGCAUAUUUGAGGAAACAUGGAAUUUAAUUGAAACAAAAGAGAAAUACAAAAGUGAGCAAUUCAAUUUCCAACAAUCAUGUUUACAACAACUGGAUGUGAAUGUGGACAUUGAGAAUAUUCACAUAUUUACAAUUGUCGGACAGUAUUUAUUUAAAAUAUUUGAAAAUCAAAUUAUUGUAUAUGAUGUAAACAAUUUGAAAUUGAUUUCGGAGUGGAAGUAUUUGAAUGGACUUGACAGAUGCAGCAUAAUACGUACAUUUAAAACAAUUCAAUACGAUAAAAAUGUUAUUUUGCAGCUUAUUAUAAAUGACUCAGGUCAAAUAAGGCUUGUGAUGUUUGUUGAAGGGUUAUUCAUUCCAAUAAAGCAAAUCAACUUACCAUCCGAUGGUUUACUAUAUCAUGCACUCAAUGGGAAGAUUUCACCGUGUGGAAAAUAUUUUAUCUCUUUAAAUGAAGAUUCAAUUAAUUCGAAAAUUUGGUUAGAAGUUUAUCGUUUACCAGUAGAUGCAUGGAUGAAAGAAAUUUUACCAAUCGUUCAAGAAUUUCAAAAUGAGAUAACCGUUAAUUUGAUCGAACGAAAAUCAUUUUAUGAAAAUCAAUUACAGCUUAGUUCACCUAUGUUAUUAGGAAGAAUUAAAUAUCCAGUAAUGCCGCCAAGUCCUGCAUGUAAAUCAGUAACAGCAGCACUCAAGCAAGCUAAUGAUAAGGCUAAUCUUUUAAGUUACUCAAAUCUUGGUGCUCAUUUGUAUUCCGAUGCAAUUAAUGAAGCAAACCAGUUGACAUUCAUCGAACAUCGAAAUUAUCCUUCCUGUUUAACAGCUCUUCCUAAAUCACAGCUUGAUGAGAAAAACUCAGUAUCUGUCCAAGGAUUCACAGAAAGCCCUGAAUCUACAAAGCAGAUAUCUGAACCCACAACAGAAAGAAGUCAAGCACACUCACCAAGUUCAAUAAAACAUCAAACUAGAAAUACAAAAUCUUCUAAACGUAAACAACAACACAAAGAACAAUCAACAAAUGGACGCAAUAAUAAAAAAGCUGAAAAGAUUAAUUCUAAUAUUGAAAGUACCGAUGCAUUACCAAAUAAAGACAACGAUGAAAAGUCAAAAAAGAAGAAUAAAACUAUUGAUAAAAAACAAGAAACUGAAUUAGAUAUUGAAAUAAAUGUUAAAGAUUCGGUUAUUGAUGAGACUGAACGAGUAGAUGAUUCAUUGAAAAAAACUCAACAAAACGAAGAAAUUAGAAGACAGUUAGUAAAAGAUUUAAAUGAAGCACAACCUAAAUGCUAUCCAUAUUUUGAAUUCCUGCCGAUCAGUUUAACCUCUAAUAGUAAACAAUCAGAAAUUUCAUCUUUCACCAACUUGUCAUACUCUGGAUCGAUUUGUGUUUAUUGGUCUAGAUCAUGUUAUAUUUUCUUUUAUCCUUUAGAUAAGUUCUCUAAAACCGAAGAAGGCGUAAUAGAAGAAAUACGAUAUUUCGGUUCAGAAAUAACUUAUAUUUCAGUUAUCUAUGCUAGUCAUUCCGUCAAUACACAUGAAACAUUCAUUGAUGAUAAAGAAAAUCUGUCAAAGAAGCCAGAUUUAAUUAAUUCGAGAAAUAAUUAUCUGGUGAUUGGUCUUCAAUCUAGAUUAGUUAUAAUUAAACAAUUACAGUCAGGGAGGUACUUACCCCUGUUUUAUAACGAAUUAGGAUCAUUGGUAGAUGCUGGUUUGUUGAUAAGUACCAAAUACAUCAAUCUACUUACUGCAUGUUAUGUAAAUGGGAAUAAACACUCAACCAAGGGUGAUUUGAUAUUACGCAAGAAAUUCACGUUUGAUAUUUAUAAUUUAGAUGAAAAUCAAUUGAUGUGGAAAAAAACCCAUAUUGUGGGAAAGAAGAAUUUUAAUUGUCAAGCUGUUACCAUUUUAACCGUAGAUGAUAAUUUCAAUAUUGUUGUCUGUUUAGUCUCAUCGAAGGAUUUGCUCGUUUAUCCCCUGGAUCAUCAACAAAAUUGCCUGCAUCACCAACAGUUGGUUAAACAUAAUAUCGAAAUACAUCAAUCAAACCAAGUGGUUGACCAUGAUCUAGAUCAGUUUUGUCAAAGUUCUAUUCAAAUUAGUUUACCUGACCCAUAUGUUAUUAAUCUAAACACAGGGACCGUUAGUUUAUUCCCAGAAGUCAGUGAACAAUGGGUAGAUAAUGUUGAAUUCUAUCAUCAAUUAUGUUUGACUUCUCGUUCAACAAAAUCAACUAUUCAGGAAGUUGAAAAUGACAGUCAUGUGAAUCAUGAAGAAAGAAAAGAAAAAUUAAAUGGAAGACAAGGCAUUUAUCAACUUUGGAUACGAGGAACUAAAAUUGAGCAAGAGAACGAGGACAGGAUCCAAUCUAAACUAUUUCGUGUUGACUUGGAGUGUUGUGAGUUGUCAACAUAAAUUCUAACAAGAAUAUGGAUUUAUACAAUUUGCUAAACGUCAUUUCAACAAAAUGUGAAGGAAGAAAGUGAGAAUAUUUUUAACUGUGGUAAAGACCUGUAAAUCAGAAAUUGAGGAAUGAAAGUUUAAAAGUGAUUUUUAACAUGAAAUUUGGAGGGAAACAUAAAACUAAUGCAAUUGUACCAUUGAGAUCGUUUGUACACUAUAUUCCAAAGGGUUUCCAACCAUGGAUUAUAACAACUAUGUGAGCGCCUAGCAGAAUAUUUCCAUCACUCAACACAACUCAAACUAGCAGUCUAUAAUUUCAUGAACCAAUACCUUGUAUUAAAUCCCCUUUCAUUUUUCAACCAAAUAAAUUUUUGGGAGGCUGAAUAAAAAUGAGUUUAUCGACUAUGACAAUAAUCACUAUAGCUGUUUUAUGUUCUUUAACUUUCUUCAUCUUUUAUUUCACUGUAUAACUUUACUUAUUCCUAUGAAAAAUAUCUAUAUUCAUUUAGCCGUAUACUCAUCAUGUAUGUGUGCCAGUUUGUAAUUCCUUUAAAUUUUCCCAACUAAAGAAAUUCCUAUCAAAAUACCGAAUGGCU